CUAGAUCACUUUGUCAAAUCAAAUCUACGUCUCGGAAUCUGAGCCAAUCUAGUGGAGCUUGGCUAGAGUAAAAUUUUUAGGCACUGAUUGAUUUUAUUUACUGCUUUCUUCUCUAAUGCUCAAGAUGAUUGCUUGAGUCGUUUAAACUGUUAUAGCCCAAUUUAUUUUUCGAUACUGACCUCUACCGAUCGUAAAAUCUGUAUAAAUAAUAAAGCUUCCUUGUGUAGGAAUCGAAUUUUUUUGUACUUGUGAUAACAUAAUUAUUAGCAGUGGAGUUCUCAGAGAGUGAUAGUUCUUCGGAAUCUACAAGAUCUCCUUCACCAACGAUGAAUAAUUCUGCUGCAAAAGUAGGUGAAAUAUUUCGGGAAGCAGGCAUUGCUUUCAACAAAUUGUCUGAAAUGACUAUGCUUUUACAUCCUAUGGGUGACUCUCAACCAGGGGGUAAAUGGACAGAUGAAGAGAUAGAAAUGCUCCGUUCCUGCAUUCAUCGCUUUGCGGUUGACCUCAAUAAGUUGAGCCAACAUAUCAAAAAUAGGACUGUGACACAAAUCCGGACUAGGCUAAAGAAGAAAGCAUUCGAAGAUGCAGGUAUACCUGUACGUCAGGUAAGCAGUACAGCGACCAGCCAUGCGCCGCCGCAGCCCCCACAGGUAACACUUAACAUGCUCAACGCUUCAGAAAACGAGGUAGACGUUGAAGGUCUGAGCGGCGAUGUCAAGCUGGAGUUCGAAGGGGGAAACGAAGAAGUGGCCACCUGAAACAUGUUCAGCUUUUCUUACAACUAAGCAGACGACUUUUAGGCACAGGAUUUGGGACAUGCAUAUUGGUGACAGGCAUUUUAUCAAAUUGUAGUGUGAGAAUAUUAUUCGGGCAAUUAUGUUUACAUAGAAUAUGAAUAAAAUAAAUGUGCUUGUGGGUUGAAAAAGUUAUAUUUAUUUUGUUUGUUACAAUUAAUUAUUUAUGCCGUCUUAAAUAUGUUUAAUUUUUCAUCCCACGUCUCGUUAACAUUUUAAUCAAAACAAUUUGAAUUUACAGUUUUUAUUGAAUUUGAUAUAAUCAAAAACCUGUUUAAUAAUACACCUUAAGGCUAUGUUCUUCUAGAAAAAGAAAAAUAUCUCUAGUUAUAUGAAAUGAGUGCUUCUCAUUUAACGAAUAUUUCAUGACAAAUGUUAAUAUGCCUGUUGCGGAUAAAGAAUGGUAUUGUCGUCCCAAAUUCUCUGCCUAAAAUUAUGAUGUCGUCUGCUUACGUUACUAGUAUUAAGUAUGAUAAAGACAGCAGCAGUUAUAUUCAAUUAAUCAAGGACUUUGGUGAUAAUGAUGAAAUUUAUGAUUAUUGACCUGAAUUUAGAAUAAACACUACUAACUAAAAUAUUCACAAUAUACAGUUUAGUUAGUACAGUACAAAAAUGCGGUAAUUUUCAAUGAAAACGAGUGAAGAUUGAAGUACCCAAAGAAUAAAUUACUAGUAUAAUACAAUCCUGAAUAUAACUGCUGUCUUGUAAUAUGUAAACUGUAGGUAGCCAGGAAAAUAAGUCACACUGAUGUUUCAGGAAAAAAAUUCAGGAAAAGUAAAAGCACUAAAUUUAUUAGCCAAUUGUAAAAGGUGGUUCUGGGCAUACUUGGGUAUUAACGAACCUGAACACUUGAUGAAUUUUUUCUGCGGCAACACCAAAUAAGUAAGCAGGUUUUACAGAUCCUACAUAAUUUGCCAAGCCUAAGUGAUGGGACAAAAACAGAAAAUUAGCUUCAUUCCACUGGUGAUGGAUAUGUUAGGCGAUGCCUAAAUCAAUGAAAUUAUUAAUUUUUUACCAUGCAAUUGAUAGACUAAAAGAUUCUCCAAUAUCUCGAGACAAAAUAAAUAAUUCGAAGUUGUCAAUGUGACUGGUUUUCGGCUAUAAAUGUUAAUAAUUAUAUAAAUAACGGACUAUUCGUUUCAUAGCUGUUCUCUCAAUUUCAAAAUCGACAAAUAAUGUGCGCUCAAUUAUAUAUUUGUUUAAUGUAGGUAAUAUUUGUGGGGUUUCUUUAUGUUCCCAAAGAGAUGAGGAUGCUGGGUUUAACGCCAGGAGUUUUUCUUUAUUUUUCUUUUUUCUUCUGUUCUUCUUCGGUUCUGUACUUAUUCCAUACAAAUAUUUCUUGAGCUUUGUUGGCAUUACUUCUUUUUUACCUUUGGCAGAAAAGUGUCAUCCGCUCCUGGCAUUACGAUGAUGGACAAAUUUGUUUAAAAGGCAAUUUCAUGUAUUUAUAUGUAUUUGUGUGUAUGAAACGUUUAGUCCUAGAAUAUAGAUUAUGGUUUGUUAGAUAUAAAUAGUUUAAAUUGUAGUUUUGGUGAUGUCGAACUAGUUAGUAAUGAUAAUGUUAAUUGUAAAUUUAAAUUCAUUUGGAAGCGAGUAGUUAGUACUUUGUGAAUUCCAUAAGGUAAAUUAAUAAAUUUUAAUAAACCAUUUUGUAUUCAUAAUAGAAGAAGUUGUACCGCUAAAAAAAUGCAUAAGGCUAUUUGACAUUUUGUCAAUUGUACAAAUUCCGAAUUAGUGUUUCUUAGCUUAUUCCAGCUUAGUAAUUUUCCCAAACUGUAAUAAAGUAAUUAGACUAGGCAUGCUGUUUAUAUAAAACCCAAUGAUAUCAGCUAAAAUUAGUUUUCUUUGUUAAUUAUUAUUAUAAAUGACAGGACCAACUUUAUAGCAGAACAGUUACAAAAAAUAUUUUAAAAUAAAAUUCUUAUAGAUACACUGUAUGUUAUAAUAUGUAUACAUACAAAGGUAAAAGUGCAAAGUUAAUUUGAUGAGGCCUUCAAUUAUAAAUCAAUUAGUGCAGCUUUUAACAAUAAAAUGUAUAUUAAUAGCACAUAUUUACCUAUAUGAACAGUAAAUCCACUCGUUCACGUCUUAAAUACAAUUUAUCCACAAAUCUUAACUAAUAUUAUAAUUAUAAAUGAAACGAAUAUGAGUUUGUUUGUUAUCUCUUCACGCGUAAUCUACUCAACCAAUCUUAUUGAAAUUUCUCGUAUAUAUUACAGUCUGGGAAAGAACAUGGGGUACGUUUCAUUGUGUGAUUUGCGAAAAUCCUGAAUUCUUUUGUAGGUGCCGCCGCCGCCGUGUAAAUUCACGCAUGCGUACCGCUAUUAGUCGCGCAAAAUUCGCGUGGGGGGAGCCGAGGGUAAAAGCUAGUAAGUAAUAAAUAGAGGUAGUUAUUACUUCUAAUAUUUUUCUAGCUCUAUAGUAGCAUAGAAUAAGCAUGUUGAGUAAUUUAAUUCUAAAUUUAGCCUUAAAAAAUGGUGAAAUGCAUCAAACAAAAAGCUGCCUAAGAUAUAGUUAUAAUAUCACAUUAUUUGGGUGAAUUCAUAACAUAAUGAUACUUAGUUGUAACGUCCCAACUAGGUGUUUCAAUGUACACUUUCUUAUAUUUUAAGAUCUAGCUCUUGUCACUGGUAAGUAGAGCGUUCAUUCUUCUCUUUCUUUUUGUUAUUGUUUUUAUUCCUUGGUAAGUCUGAAAGUCUAAUAUUAUCACAUACAUUAAUACAAUAUAUGUCUGUAGGUACAUUUCACAUAAUAUUAAAAUCUGUACAAAUUUCUAGAAAUGUAUGAGCGAUCUUAAAACCACAGUGGUUUUUAUUAGUUUCACGUUAAUAGGUUUUAGUAUAUCUAUAUAACGUAUGAAAUCAAAUCUAUGUUGGUAUAUUUCUAGAAAUUUUAUAGUGUAUUUGACAAUGAAAUAAUAUUGAAAACGUAGCAAUGUCACUAGUUUGUUGAUUAUGCACACCACACUUUAAUUUUAUUAGAAUGAGUGUUAAUUACUUUUUAUUGUUAAGCACUAUCACAUGUACAUUAACAAAUAAAGUUCCAAGUUCA